CUUAGCUAUAUAUUUUAAACUUUAUGUAUUAACAGAGAAAUAAAGGAAAUAAACAUAUAAACAAAGAAUAAUUUCGGGAUCAAUCAAGCGAAGAGGCCGGGCAGUGACGGUGUGAUGAAACACAUGAGUAUAUUAGAGUUAAUUUAUUCAUAGGAAUGGCACCAACUCAGGAGAACGUUAAUCAAUUACACUUUGAAGAAUUACACGAGAGUAAUACUGUGAUACUUAAAACUGUUGACAAAAAUGUAAAUAAUGAAGAUAAUGAAGUGUUUGGUGAUUUUGAUAUUCGUAAAUAUGAAUCGAUAGAAUUUAAGUCACGAAUCAAAUGGUUGGACUGUAGUGUGCAAGUGUUGCUGCAUACGGUGUCAUUAUACGGACUUUUCUGUGUCAUUACGAAUCAGCCAAGAUUUUAUACGACUCUUUUCGUGAUAGCCACAAUAUACACGACCGGCUUCGGCAUCACGGCGGGCGUGCACCGGCUGUGGUCGCACCGCGCGUACCGGGCGCGCCUGCCGCUGCGGCUGCUGCUGGCCGCGCUCUUCACCGUCACGGGCCAGCGUGACAUCUACACGUGGGCGCUGGACCACCGCGUGCACCACAAGUAUACGGAGACCGUCGCUGACCCCCACAACAUCCACCGGGGGUUCGUGUUCGCGCACAUCGGGUGGGUCGUCAUGACCCCCCAUCCCGCUGUCGAGAACCGACGGGUCGCGCUGAGGAAGACUUCCACAGAUUUACUCGCGGACCCCGUGGUUAGGUUACAGAAGAAGUUCUACAUUCCCCUGUUUGUGCUACUUAACGUGGUACUACCCGUGGCCAUUCCCGUGUACUGCUGGGGCGAGACUGUCUUCCUCAGUUUCAUCAUCAGCUUCGUGAUGCGGUUCACCAUCACCCUCAACAUCGCCUUCUGUGUUAACAGCUUUGCCCACUUGUGGGGAAAUAAGCCGUAUGACAGCUUUAUCAAAUCAGUGGAGAACAAGCUAGUGAGCAUGGCGGCCUUGGGCGAGGGCUGGCACAACUACCACCACACUUUCCCCUGGGACUACCGCACCUCGGAGCUGGGGCGGCUCAACCCGUCCACGACACUCAUUGACCUGUUUGCGAAGAUUGGAUGGGCUUACGAUUUGAAAUAUGCUACAACAGAUAUGGUGCAAAAAAAAUCUGCCAAGAGUGGGGAUGGCAGCCGAGUGCAUUGAAAAUGUAGGCUAAAUCAUUAUUAUCAACAUAAUAUUAAUAAUUAUA